AUGAAACAACUCAGUUGGUAUACAAGAUGGUUUGGUAAAGGAGGACCUAAAAAGACAAACGAGCAAGAAUAUAAUUAUUCAGGUGGCGGAAAAGGUGGAGUAGGUUACAAUAAUGUUCCAAGUGGACAUGACGGUGAGGACUGCGAACCUGGUCCUGGUGGUAAAGGUGGUGAGGGUGGCAGACCAGCAGUCUACACAACGAUAAUUUGCAUGAUGAAACAACUCAGUUGGUAUACAAGAUGGUUUGGUAUAGGAGGACCUAAAAAGACAAACGAGCAAGAAUAUAAUUAUUCAGGCGGUGGAAAAGGUGGAAUAGGUUACAAUAAUGUUCCAAGUGGACAUGACGGCGAGGAUGGAGAGGCCGGUCCUGGUGGUAAAGGUGGUGCGGGUGGCAGACCAGCAGUGUGA